AUGCCAAAAGUUUGUGACAACAUUGCACGGGCCAUUAAAGGCGGCAAACCAACACGUCUACAUCGCAUCACGGACAGAAAAGCCAUAAAUAAGAACGCACGUGUCGCUGAAUGCACAGGGAAAAAAUGUACCCAGUAUCCUUUUGCUACAACCAGAGAAGGUACGAAGUAUAUGCAUUAACGAGGUGUCCGCCCAGGAGAGACGACCCGUGAUUCAGAAGUUUCUUUGUUAGAGUAGUGACCAUAUUGGAGAGGUGUCUUGAUGCAGAGAUGUCUGUAUUAGAGAGGUUUCGGUAUUAGAGUGGUCUCCGGAUCAAAGAGGUGUUUGCAUUAUAGAAAUACCCAUUAGCUGUGAUCUUUGCAUAGCAAUAACUCUGCAAAGCCUUGCUUGGGAAGGAAUAUAUAGAGAUAUCCUUCUUUAAGAGGUACCCAAAUCAGGAAGGUUUCUGUAUUAGAGAGGUGUUCGUAUAAGAGAGGUGUCUGCAUUAGAUGGAGAAGUCUUCGUAUAAGAAAGGUGGCUAGAUACCAAAGAUGUGUCAGCAUUAAAGGGAUUAAUAUUAGAGAGAUGUCUGUAUUAGAGAGAUGUCGGUAGUGAAGAGACGAACGUAUUAGAAAGGUAUGUCUGUAUUAGAGCGGUACCCGUAUUAGAGAUUAGAGAGGUGUCUGUAUUAGAGUGGUCUCCGCUGUGAAGAGACGAACGUAGUAGAAAGGGGUGUCUGUGUUACAGCGGGCCCGGAGCAAUUUGCCCCCCCCCCUGCCCCCCCCUCUCGGCGGCCCUGGCCUUACAGAGUCUUUCUUAACCAUGAACAUUUUCUUCAUUUUUCCAGGUGGAAAAGGUGCUUUUGUAAAGUCUGUCCCAACGGAUGAAAUUCCUUUUCAAAAAUAUAUAUUGACCCAUUUUUAUAGAAAUGAGAACGUUGGAAAUGGUGGCUGUUUCAACGUCAAACUUGAUCAAAGUACCCGGCGUCCCACAUCCACUCUCGUUGGUUAA